AUGAGUUCAAACGAAAUUCUUAUUCAACGCAUUGCAAGAGAAAUGUCUUUAUAUACACCAAUAACUUUACUUAUUUUUGGUUCAUGUGGAUCUUUAUGUAAUUUUAUAACAUUUACAUCAAAACAAUUAAGAACAAGUUCAUGUGCAUUUUAUUUUUUAUGCACAGCUAUUACUGAAUUAAUAGCAUUUUAUUUUGGUCUAUUAUCACGUUUAGCUGGUGAUCGUUUAGGAAGUACACUUUUUACUACCAAUGUAGCAUAUUGUAAAAUUCGAUCAUAUUUAGUUGUUGCAUUACCUUCUUUAGUUACUUAUAUGAUAUUAUUAACAACAAUUGAUCGUUUUAUGUCAACAACAGCUCAAGUUCGUUAUCGAUCAUUUAGUCAAUUAAAAGUUGCUCAUCGUCUGGCACCACUAGUGAUUAUCAUUUCAAUGAUAUUAUCAAGUCAUAUGUUAGUUUUCUACAAUUUUUUUCCAGCAUGUAUAGCACAACCAGGAGUCUACUCAAUUGUUUAUAGUGUUUAUUUAAUUAUUUGGACCGGUUUCUUACCAAAUGGACUUAUAUUAUUGUUCAGUUUUUUAACAUUUCGAAAUGUAAUAAAAACAAAACAACGUGUAGGUGCAGCAGUAACAAAGAUGUCAACUGAACAACGACGUACACAAAAAACAGAGUCACAACUUAUUGUUAUGAUGCUUUCACAAGCAACAUUAUCAAGUUGUCUUGAUUUAAUACGUAUUGCAUUAUAUGCAUAUUUUGUUUUAUCAACAGGUUUACCCAAAUCAAGUUAUCAACGAUCAGUAGAUGGAUUAUUAUUACAAAUAAGUAUUAUUUUAUUAUAUGGUAACUGUUCAAAAUCAUUUUAUGUUUAUACAUUGACAAGUGGAUUUUUUCGCAAAAUAUUUUAUCAUUCAAUUUAUCAUUAUUAUAGAAAAAUACUUUAUAUUUUACAUAUAAGUCAAGAGUAUGACUGGAAUUCAACUCGUUUCGAUCCAUCAACUUUAAAUGGAUCAACACGUAAUCGUGAACUUCAAACAAUUCCUGAUCGUCUAACAACAAAAUAUUAA